AUGCUCGUGAUUGAGACGGCGUUCGUUGCGCUGUGCUUGGGUAUUCUUGCACUUGCGCCACCGCCCAUCGUUGGUGGUAUGGGAGCCAUUCCAUCAUGGGGGAAGUAUGUGAUUGCUGUCAUUGCUUUUGUGUUGGCUGCAUGGCAGAUUCUUGGUCUCAUUUCCGUGAUAUCCGAUUGGCCGUGGCUUUACAGACUAUACUCGCGAAUCAACUUUCUCGCAACGAUUGUGCUUCUGUGUUUCACAAUUGCAUUCACUGUAACAGCAGCGGCAAAGCAUAACGAUACAGUGAACGAAUGCAUGGACAAAUUCGAGGGUCCGCUAGCGCAAGAUGCCAUGGGGGUCCAAGCUAUCCAGAGCCGUUUGGACCAAGGUCGCCAUGACCUGUGUAACUAUCUCAGUUGGGCCGAUGUUGGCCUGAUGGGUGGCCUGGUCGUUGUCGUUGGACUGACGCAACUGUACAUGUGCUACAUGCAGGGCCAGUAUGGGAAGCGCCAGCGUGCUGCGCAGAAAGAGUCCCUUUCGCAACCCGACGCGGCUGCAUACCCAAUGCGAAAUGCGAGCAUGUGGAAUGAAGCGAAUCGAUACAAACCUGUGAUGACGCAUGAGAAUAUAACACGCAAUGAGCCGCUAUAUAAUACUUAUUCACAAACUCAUUGA